AUCCUAACAGCAGGCUGGGAUGAACUAGAGUGUCACCGGGUUUUUAACUUCCUCUGUGAGCUGAGCAAUUUACCCCGUAAAGUACAGACGGUUGUCAGCAGCAAACCGGGAAGUGCACGGAAGCUAGAGCUACGGAUAAGGUUAUACUGUCGUAGCGUCUUGUUGAACCACUGGAUUCAUCGAAGUGAUUCUGCAUUUUGGUUGACUCGUAUUUUAAAGCCGUGGCCCAUGGUUAAUCAAGCUCGCCUGCUGUACAUCAUCUUUGGGCCAGUGUCCUCUCUGGAUGGACAUGUGGUUUGGCAGAAAAUGAUAGAAGGACCAACAGAUGAGACCAGUCUGAAAGGUCUAGCAGAUGCAAUUAAACUGCUGUAUGAUACAGAAGCUAGAGAAUGGACAGCAGAUGAUGUUAUCAGUCUUGUGGAUGAGCUGUCAGUUGUUCCCCGGGAGUGGCUCAUGGAGAACAAUGCUCGGCUGCUUAUUCUGAGUGGAAACAACAUUUGCUUCACUUUCAUGGCCAGUAAAGCUGUGAAUGGGAGAGCCAUUGAGUUAGCCAGGCUCAUGGUCUUCCUGGCUUUGGUCUGUGAGAAGGACUUGUACUGCAUGGACUGGGCAGUAAAAAUGAUGCAGAAGGUCUGCAAAGUUUUCGGUACUCCAGGGGAGAGGAACAACUUCCUGCAGUGUGUGGAGAAUGCCUUUGCUCACAUAGUCAUGGACAUGCUACAGGCCGUACUGUCCGGGGAUCGUGAUGAAGAGGACAGCAGCUUUUUGAAUUUGUUUCACCUGGUAAAUGCACAAGCAAACUUCCAUAAAGAAAUUCUGUACUUGACCAUGAGAAGCAACAGCAACACCGUUUGA